GUAUGGGGACGAAACUGAACGGCUUGGAUAGGUUGGAUAGCACAUGGCAGAGUGAUCGGACGAAGGCCAAGUCGAUUCUGGUUUGCAUCGAUUAGUCGAGUUCCCUUUGCGGCAUUCCCUACUCUAGCUCUAGAUCACUUCCCUUCAAUGCCAUGCUAGAGAGCCACGGAGAGCCAGUCCUUUUCGCCUUUCCGAACUCCAUUUGGAGACGGCGCAGCGCUGGACACUCCUCCAUGGCCGUUAUCACAUUUCCGAAGCUCCUAAAGACAUCCAACAUCCAUCCCGCAAUCCAAGCUCCGUACACUCAACUCAUGACUUCAAAGACCCUCAUCGUCCCUCCCGUCGAACCCGACGGUCUGCAUCCUCCAUUUCGGACCCGCGUACCGCAGAAUGGCUGAUCGUGGAAUACCCCGUACGCCUUUACCGCAAGUUAUAGAUAAUCUCAUUGGCCCCGGUCGGCACUGCUCGAGGUAUAGAGAUAGGAGUGCCGGCGGGGAAGCUGGGGAUACCGCCGGGAUGUUUAAGCCCUUGCCGCUCAGGCUGUCUCCUUUUUCGAUCAGUGCAACAAUGGACUUCAACGUGACGUUAUGUUUGGCCUCUUGCCGCCUUCAUUGUCGUUAUUUUCGAGGGUGGAGAAAAUUGUUUGUACCGGCAGGGAAAGGUGGUGUUUUAUUCAUAUCGAUCACCUGGAUGUACUGUCUGUUAUUGGAGCUCCUGGGCAACAGCGUUGUAACAUGCAGCAGCGGUCGUCUCGCAAGAAUGCAGCGUCUGGAUUCGAUUUUCAGGACGGUUCCUCCGACACAUCAACCGGGUACUUGGGGCCUCUUUUGGACUAUCAAUUCUGAACGACUGUAGUUCGAAGACACCCUCCGUGCGGCCUACCGUGAGCGGGAGUGAGUUUCUCCUCCAAUGACUAAAUAAUUUCCAGCUAGAAAUUCCACCAAAUCAGAAUGAGGUAGAGGGUGAGGCCGAGCAUGAGCACGAGAACGACACCGCGAAUCAAUGUUUUCGAAGUUA